AAUGCUAAUGAACAUCAAAUGUACACAAUUUGAGCACAACUGAAAUAAGACAGGAGUCACACAUGUAUAGACUGUGUAAAGAUCCCCUCCCGACUACACUACCCAGCGUGCAUCAGCACUUCCGUACGUCUGCCCGAUUGGUUGACGUAACACCGUCCCCGAUACUCCCCAGUCUUCGGGUUAGCUGGAAUGUUUUGUGACAGUGGAGCUCACGCCAAGAGCACUAAAACGGUAGAGGAGGACUUCGGACCUUUCCGAUUUAAAAAAUAUGGCUGCUCACGCUCGCAUGUUCGGCCGUUUGUUUGACAGACAGAACCGUGUGACACAUUUCAAGAAAAUACUACAAUGCCUGAAUGGGAACAAUCAGCGACUGUGCUCCGGUGCUACGCACAAGAAAAAUAAGCUUGAACUUGGGAACGCGACUUUAUCUGCUCCGAACUUCAACGCAUCUCUGAAAACCAGGCCAAAAGAGAGGAGGCUAACAGAUGACAGCAUACCGCCCUUCUCAGCGUUUUUGACUGACAGCUUUGGCCGGAGACACAGCUACCUGCGCAUCUCCCUGACUGAGAAAUGCAACCUGCGCUGUCAGUACUGCAUGCCAGAGGAGGGUGUGAAGCUUACACCGCGGGCCCAGCUGCUGUCCACCUUAGAGGUACUGACCCUGGCUCGCCUCUUUGUUCAGGAGGGGGUGGAGAAAAUCCGUCUUACUGGAGGAGAGCCCCUCAUCAGACCCGAUGUGCUGGAUAUCAUCUCAGAACUGAGGAAGUUGGAAGGUCUGAAAACCAUUGCAUUGACAACCAAUGGCAUGAAUUUGGCCAGGCUUCUGCCUAAGCUGAAAGAUGCUGGCCUUGACUUGAUCAACAUAAGCUUGGAUUCACUCGUCCCUGCAAAAUUUGAAUUCAUUGUCAGGCGGAAAGGCUUCCACAAGGUCAUGGAGGGCAUUGAUAGGGCCAUCGAAAUGGGCUACAACCCUGUUAAGGUUAACUGUGUGGUAAUGCGAGGCCUCAAUGAGGAUGAACUCCUAGAUUUUGUGGCACUGACGGAAAAGAAGCCCCUGGAGGUGCGUUUCAUCGAAUACAUGCCCUUUGAUGGCAACAAGUGGAAUUUUAAGAAGAUGGUGAGUUACCAGGAGAUGCUGGACCACAUUAGGCAGCAGUGGCCCAACCUGGAAAAGCUUCAAACUGGACAGUCAGACACUGCCAAGACAUUUAAAGUGCACGGCUUCAAAGGACAGUUUGGCUUCAUCACCUCCAUGUCUGAUCAUUUCUGUGGCUCCUGCAACCGCUUACGCAUCACUGCAGAUGGCAGCCUCAAGGUGUGUUUGUUUGGGAACUCUGAGGUGUCCUUGAGGGAUGUGUUACGCUCUGGGGCUUCAGAUGAAGAGCUUCUGCAAAUCAUUGGAGGUGCUGUGGGCAAGAAGAAGAAACAACAUGCAGGCAUGUUCAGUAUCUCCCAGAUGAAGAACAGACCUAUGAUCCUCAUUGGCGCCACAUCACAAAGUUCAUCAUCUCUGUCAAAGUCACAAGACAGCCAGAAAGUUGUCCCUGUUGUUUGUCAGCUUACAAACGACACACUCCUCCGUACAACACCCCUUCCCUUCAUUGGCCAUUCAGGCAGCAGGAGAGAAGAUUUUUUGUGCCUUCCGGACUGCACUACACAGGCAGCCCAUAUUUGCUGCUCUAAGUCCUUAGUGAGAAGAGGUACAAAUGUCAAGUCGCAUAUCAACAAAGAAAAACCUAAUGUGAUGGACAGCUUCCACAGUGUAGCGCCCCAUCACUCCUCUGACUUUGGUCUCACUUUUAACAUUUGUCACACUAAGACUGCAGGUUUUUCUGCACAAACAAAUAUCAUGAGCUACGUUAAUGAAGACUGUCUCAGGUAUGCACAAGCCAGAGGUCCUACUGCUUUGAUGAGUCACUUACUCAGGACCCCAGGAACUCCUAUUUUUUGCACACUACCAAUGAAUGCCAAACUAAGUCUUAAAUACAACAAUGUUAGACUGUUUCACAGUCAAAGUUCCAGCAAAGACCCCAGUGUCAAAUUUGAUCAGUCCAAGUCAGACAUGAAAAGCCACCAUGAUGAAACCACCGAAGCCAAGCUAACGCAUACAGACGCCCAGGGUCGAGCCAAAAUGGUAGAUGUCGGUGGUAAGAUUCCGACACGUCGCACAGCCACAGCCUGUGCCACUGUCAUCUUGGGCCACACUGCCUUUCAACUGCUUCGAGAUAACCAGCUGGCUAAGGGUGAUGCGUUGGCUGUGGCCCAGUUGGCUGGCAUCAUUGCUUCAAAGCAAACAUCAACCCUCAUCCCACUCUGCCAUCCGCUACCCUUGGACCACACCGCCAUCACCUUUGAGCUCAGUGAGCUGAACAAAGCUGCAGUCAUCACAGCAGUUUGUCACACUACAGGCAGGACAGGAGUUGAGAUGGAGGCUUUGACAGCAGUCUCUGUGGCAGCACUCACUGUCUAUGACAUGUGCAAGGCAGUGAGCCAUGACAUUAUCAUCACGGAUGUAAAACUACUAAAAAAGACAGGUGGAAAGAGAGACUUUAAUCGUCAUCCUUGACCUCCUCCCACAUCAAUGAAUCCAACCCAAGAAAUUUGUGAAGGACUUAAAAUCAACUUAAUAACUGUGAAAAUUUUCAUCAGAACAUCACAUUUAUGCAAGCUAAAAUGUAUACCAUCAGAAUCAUAAAUAAAUAACACUAUUUUAUGUAUAUUGUAA